CGUCAACGUUCAGUUGCUUGCAACCCCCGCACGGGAACGACAUCUUCAUCGCUCCCCUUUUGCCCUAGCAGUGCACCCAACCAAACCAUUUCGCUGCACUUUCCUUCGCUUUUAGCUGCAUUCUACUACCAGUCAGCAACGAGUAGCUCCGUAUUUCGCAAUAUUCUUUACUUGUCUAUAGUGCAGAAGUCGUGGUGUGCGCGCUUGCCAAAUCCUCCGCAAGAAGUUGUCAUAGUCUUCGCAACAGCGGAACCAAGUUUGAGUCAAGAGCCGUUCGUCGUUGAUAAGUAAUUGUUUUGUCCUGCCGGCUACUUGACGGAAAAGAAAGCAUCAAGAUGCUCCAAACUCUUAGUGUCACGCAUCUUACUAACAUUAGUUCAACUUCAAAUCAAACGAUUCGCCUGCAACAAAGUCACAACAAGUCGCCCUCUGCGAAUGCUUCUCCAGCUCUACAUAGUUCAGGAUUCCAUGGUUCAAGUCCUGGCGGCCUUCAAAUGAAAUUGCCCCAGUUUCCAGACUCUGACGAUGAGAGCUCCGCCACGGAGUUUGCCUGUCCAUCUGGUUUCACCGAGAGGCAUAUUUCAGUAUCACAAACGGGAGAUUCGCCCCGUCCCGAGCUUCUCCGCAGUGCUAAGCGACCAGCUGCGACGCAGUCGCCCGGCGACUCAAGCUUGAGCGACAAGCGGAAGGCCAAUCAUAUCCCGUCUGAAAUCCAGUUGAGCCUUAAACUGCGGGAAGAGGAAAAUGACCGAAAGGAUGAAAAGAUUGUUUCGUUGACAGAGGAAUUGCAAAAGCUCCGCAAUCAAAUGGAUAGCCUGAAGCAGGAGCGAGCGCGAGAGAUCCGUAAGCUCAAAGAGGAGGUCCAGAGUCUGAGAUACGAGAAUGCUCAAGUGAAAGCCUUCAGCGAGGAAGUUGCUGCCCAUCAUGCCAACUCUGCGGCUGAGGACAAAGUGCGGACACUCGAAGCUGAGCUGGCCGUCGUUAAACGCGAGCGGGCCGAGAAGGAGCUGGAGAACCUGCGCCUGCGAUCCAAGGUCGACAAGCUGAAUGACGACUAUGUCCGGCUAUCUGAGGAUCUAAUCAUGGACCCUGCCGACAGUUUCGGGUCCCGGCCAGUAGAGUGCACCUUUCGGCCGAUCUCACCUCCUAUUGAUAACCACCAGUGCUUCAAUCCCACAUACAGUGAAAACUGCUCCGUGUCGAACAGAGAUAUUGCCACAACCGCGGCCAUGUUCUUGAAUACCACCGCCCCCGCCACACCACUCCCGACGGAACUGGAGAAGAAACUCAAGAGUGUGUCGGAUGAGGAGCAGCGCAAGAAGAAAGAUUCCGCCGUCCCAACAUCCGGUCCCUGGUGGGCUAAAGCCCGGGCAAAGAAGCUGAUGAAGUGGGUGGAACAGCCGAGCCUUCCCGGAAACAGCAUGAACCUGUGUGCGGCAACCGAGCAUGUUGGUCGCCUGUACGUCGCGGACACCAUUGUCGGCACCGAGCUUCGUUCGCAUAGCCCAACGCCACUGCCAGAAAUUUCCCUGUACGUUUUGAACGAGAAGGAGAAAAGAUUUGUGAACGUCAAUGUCCCAUCACCGCCCGAUGCCGUGUACCCAACUGGCCUGUUCUCUCACGAAAAUCGCAUGUACAUGGUGACAGCUCAGGAAGGAGGCGAUUCGAUCUGGCGCCUAGAUGUAUCCACGAAGCAGUGGAUCUUCUUGAGUGCCACAAUCGGUGGUGAGACGUCUUGUGCGCCCUGUAUGGUUGGUGAGCAUAUAAUCCUGGCGGGUGGUGACAUGAAGGACGAGACCGGCAGCUGCAGCUCGGUCAAGUCCUUCUCAGUCGCCUCGAUGACAUGGAAUCACGGCUGGCCAGCCAUGAGGAAUCGACGCCAUGCGGCACGCCUGCUCCACGCGAAUGACUGCCUCUACACUGUUGCCGGUGGCACUGGAUCCAAGCUGAUGGGAUUUGACACGAUGCAAACUGUGGAGUGCCUGCCUCUGAAAAAUCUGAUGGGCGGCUGGAUCACCGUCUCGAGUGUGAAAGAGCUGGCGCCUGCUGCUAUGUCGACCGGCUCUAGCCUGCUGCUUGUCGGCGGACUGUAUCGCAAGCCGAUGAUGAAGCGCACUGGGUACGCGGCCACCGUGCGAUUCACCGGCGGCGGACAAGAAGCGGACGAGCUGCCGUCGCUGAAUGUUCCACGCUCGGCGGCCUGCCUGGUCAGCCUUGGCACUCGCCUGUUCUGCAUCGGUGGCUGUGCUGAGAAGGGUUACUGCUCAGUCGUGGAGGAGUUGACCUCUGAGUACUAGCCUGUUCCCGAACUCAUCUACACUUACCGGAUACUAGUAAUCCGUUAGACUGCUCCUGUCGUCUCGCUGAUGGUUACAGAAACUUGAAAUCCCUGCUCCGAAUAGUCGUACCAGAACUACAAGAGCACGUGUUCUUUUUUUUUCAAUUAGUGUGUAUGCGGUCGAGACAAUGCUGUGCAUGUGUGUGUGUAUGUGGGUUGUGUACGCGUUUGUGUGCGUGCGAGGUAGCGCUGUCUUUCCCUAUAGAGCCUGUUCCCUACAGAGCAUGCUUUGUUGAUUGCGGUGAGCAUGUGUGCGGCGUGUUGUGUCUCCUUCAAGAGAAGUUAAAAACCUAGAAUCCCCUUUUCGAAUUUAUCCAGAAAACGCCAAAGAAACCUGUGAAAUGGAAGUGUCUUGUCCACUUAUCUCAUCUGAAAUGAGUACCCAACCCAUUGAGCAACCCCAUCAUUGACCCACAUCCCAUUCGCCUAUAGCCCUUCAAAGAAUAAUAAUAGCUUCUACUUUCACCGAUGGUAUUGUCACCGUUAUAUACACCACUUCUAAGGCAAUGAACCUGCUUAUCCGGUCCACGUCAUACAGAGCUUUUGCACCUUUUUCUGCUUUACCCUUUUUCAGAUUUAGGUCAAAUUGUACAAGUUUUAUAAUGAUUUAUCCUUUCCUAGUCUCAUCGUCAAAAUCAUCCUGAGAAAAAGAACAUGGAGUGUCGAAAUACA